AUGCCCAGCCGCGCAAUAAGCGGUCCAGCUUCUGCUGGUACGCGCAAAACAUCUGGACAAAGCGCUGCGUCUUCGAAACGAGCAUCUUCUGUGACUCCAUCCGUCGCUGUUCCUGAGGAGCCUGCGCUUCCGACGACGUCAACACACCUUCGCGCAGAUGUAUGCGCAAUUUUCGCAGAUUCCCAACGAUCCACAACCGGGCACAGAAAGCUCGUUGUACGCCUACGCAAAGUACAAGAGCUAUGUUGCGGCAUAGCUUCAACUAGUAAAUCGAAAAAGGACCAAGAAAAUCAGGAAAGGGAAAUCCCCUCGAGCGAUGAGACACUCGGCGAGCAGGAAUUCAAUGCCGAGCUGACUCGUUGCAUUCUUCGCAUUCUGCCAAUUAAGAAAUCCGAAUCCGUCGGGGACCGGGUGAUUAGAUUUCUUGGGCUUUUCUUGAAUCAUGCUGGAGAAAAAGAUAGCGAAUUGUUUAACCCGGCAGAUGUCGAUGAAACGCAAAUGUUUCCAGAAACUCCCACUACGCGACUGACCCUAGCUAUUACAUCGAUGGUCGUUCCUCUUUUGGCGGCAAAGGAUAAAAUAGUCAGAUAUCGUGCAGCACAGCUCCUCUCGCACCUCGUCAACUCGCUGGACUCGAUUGACGACGAUGUCUAUCGUUUAAUCCGAACGGGACUUUUGAAGCGUAUUCGCGACAAAGAAGCGACAGUGCGAGUUCAAGCAGUACUUGGUCUUGCGCGUCUUGUUGGAAACGAGGGCGACGGCGAAAUGGAAGAUACAACGGCAGCUCUUCUGGACAAACUCCUCGAUAUUCUCCAGAAUGAUGCAACAGCAGAUGUGCGCAAAACGCUGUUACUCAAUUUACCUUUAAGCCACAAAACUCUUCCAUACUUACUUGAAAGGGCUCGAGACUUGGACGCUGCUACUCGCCGAGCAUUGUAUUCUCGUCUCCUUCCUACCUUGGGUGAUUUCCGCCAUUUAUCUCUAUCUAUGCGUGAGAAGCUCCUUCGCUGGGGCCUUCGCGAUCGAGACGAGAAUGUGCGAAAAGCAACCGGAAAACUAUUCUACGAGCGAUGGGUCGAAGAUUGCGCUGGAAACAAGCCAUCCGAAGAAGGUGGCCCCGUCACUCAGGUCUCAGCGCCUAAUAUUUCCGCGCUUUUGGAACUACUGGAGCGUAUCGACGCAGUAAACUCCGGUAUGGAAGGCGGUGUUGCACACGAAGCAAUGCGAGGUUUCUGGGAAGGCCGGCCUGACUACCGCGAGGAGAUCGUCUUUGACGAAGAGUUUUGGCAAGGACUCACCGCAGAGUCCGCCUUUCUAGCUCGCAGCUUUAAUGAUUUUUGCCGAGUGGAAAAUCUGGCCAAAUAUGACAGCCUUGCAGAUGAUAAAAUGCCUGAAGUCACGGCUCUUGCAUUCUUCCUUCAGAAGUACUCAUCGGCUCUACUUGUAAAGCUUAAAGAGUCUGCUGCUAGUGGUGAGAACAACGAGGAAGAUACUAUGGAACUUGAGUUCGUCGUCGAACAACUACUUCAAAUUGCCAUGACUCUGGACUACUCUGACGAAGUUGGUCGACGGAAGAUGUUCGCCUUGCUACGAGAGAAUCUCGCCAUACCUGAAUUGCCGGAAUUAUGCACAAAGCUCCAUAUUGAGGCACUUCGAAAUGUUUGCGGGCCCGAUGCUGCAGCCGAAUCCGAGUUCUGCAGUGUAGUCCUUGAAGCUGUUGCUGAAGUUCACGACGCAAUUGUAACUGAAGACAGUUUUGUGUCGGCACGUUCUGAACUCAGCGACGAUGGUAACUCUCGGGCUAGCCGCGAGCGAUCUAUGACCCCUGCAAGUGACGCCCCCUUUGACAAGGAGAAGGCGAAAGCGAAGGUCCUCCGAGAAAUCAUGGUCAACAUGAAAUGUCUUCACAUUGCACAGUGCAUGUUGCAAAAUGUGGAAGGGAAUCUUCAGCAAAACAUGCAUUUGGUCACCAUGCUAAAUAACCUUGUCGUUCCUGCUGUACGAAGCCACGAGGCACCCAUCCGUGAGAGAGGUUUGGAGUGUCUCGGUUUGUGCUGCUUACUUGAUAAGACCCUUGCUGAAGAAAAUAUGAUGCUGUUCAUCCAUUGCUUUACCAAAGGACACGAGGCACUACAAGUGACAGCCUUGCAAAUCCUGGCUGAUAUGCUCACCGCUCACCCGGGACUUUUGGCCCCAGUUGUGCAGCCAGACAGCGAUACCGUGACCCCUCCUCCUUUCCAGAGGACGCUUUUGAAAGUGUAUGCAAAAGCGUUGAAGUCUUCAUCUCCGGCUGAUGUGCAGUCUGGCGCUGCAACCGCUUUGUCUAAGCUGCUUCUUUCCAACACCUUCACGCCUUCCGGACCGAACGUCCCACCUGCGAUCAAGGAAUUGAACGAGUCAUCGGUUGAGGCACUGCUACAAUCGUUGAUUAUUUCUUUCUUCCACCCUCGCACGCGAGAGAACCCUGUUCUUAGACAAGCUCUGACGUAUUUUUUCCCCGUGUAUUGUCACUCGCGUCUUGCAAACACUGAAAGGAUGCGGCGGGUUGCCGUUCCUGUCGUACGCGCUGUCUUUGGUGCGGCAGAGGAAUUCUUCUCGCUUGAAGCCGAAGAGGAUAGUGAUGGUGACAUUGAUGAGACUAUUGGCGAGCGCGAAAUCAAGGCCCUGAUGACGCAAGUUGUCGGCAUGCUGGUGGAAUGGACUGAUGAGCGACGUGUGGUCGGACUCGGGGGUGAAAACGUACUUACGGGCGCGCCUGCUAGUUCUAGUGCUCAUGGCUACGUUCACCUAGCCUUGGUCAGGGACAUCCUCGAGCGGAUCCUCGGAGUGAGCAAAGGUCCUAACAAGUGCACGAAAGAGGAGAGGAAACUGCUCCUGUCCAUGCUUAGCAAGGUGUAUAUUUCCCCCCCGACAGCAACACCGGCAUCUCGUGCUGGCUCUCGAGUGCCGGAGACAGCAAGCGAAGACGCCUUCCGUGCCAGUAACCGAAGCACUCGUGAAGAGAUAGACCCGGAGAAUGUCGACCUCGCUGAACAAGUCAAGGAACUUAUCAACGAAACUCUCGAAGACAACGCGCCCGACGCAGCUAGUCGCAAUGCUCUAGUCAAGGUCAAGAACACGAUUUUGAAAAUCCUGGCGUUUGCCGCUCAACAAACUGCUACCAGCAAGGAAGCAGGACGCAGUACUCGAGCUAGCACAGUGGAAACAGACUUUACCGAUGCCGCCGGAUCCAGACAAGCCUCGGUUGAGCCGUCCGUGAUCGGUGGUCGCGGAGCUUCAGUUGCUGUUGAUGAAACGAUCAUGGAGGUUGACGAAGAGGACGAGAAUGAUGAUAGCCGGGGAACUGUGAUCAAGAAUGAGAUGGGUAGUGAGGAGCCGGAAUAG